AAUAGAACCUGCAGACUCAUCUCUCCAUCAACAACAUUGAGCAGAAUGUCAUCUUCAUCUGCAUUGUUUUCUUUCUUCUUCUUAUCUCUCCUUUUCUCCAUUGUUAAAGCUGCUGUUCCUCUCUCAGCUACGUUUCAGUUUGUCAAUGAAGGUGAAUUCGGGGACUACGUUGUUGAGUAUGGCGGAAAUUACAGAGUCCUGAGUGUGUCUAAUUCUCCUUUCCAACUCUGCUUCUACAACACCACUCCAAAUGCUUACACUCUUGCUCUGCGCAUGGCCACCACUCGAUCGGAAUCACUCUUCCGUUGGGUUUGGGAAGCCAACAGAGGCAAACCGGUUCGCGAAAACGCCACCCUCACGUUUGGAACCGAGGGAAAUCUUGUCCUUGCCGAUGCCGAUGGCACCGUAGCUUGGCAAACAAACACCGCUAACAAAGGUGUUGCUGGAUUCAAGCUACUGUCAAAUGGAAACAUUGUGCUUCAUGAUUCAAAGGGAAAUUUCAUUUGGCAAAGCUUCGACCACCCAACUGAUACACUCCUGGUGGGUCAAUCUCUCCGCGUUGGAGGAGUCACCAAGCUCGUCAGCCGAGCAUCCGCUAAAGAAAACAAAGACGGACCUUACAGUUUUGUAAUGGAGUCGAAACGAUUGGCGUUGUAUUAUCAAAUCAAAAACUCCCCUAGCCCGGUUGUUUACUCAGCACCAGAACUAUGGAAAACUCAGGGCACUUUUGAGUAUGUGAAAUUCAAUUCCGCCCCGGAAAAUGAUGACAAUUUUGCUUAUGAACUAACUCUAGAGCUCUCAACCGGCGGAAAUCUUAUUUUAGGUAGGCCAAAAUACAACGCCACAUUGUCAAUUCUCCGGCUAGGAGUUGACGGAAAUCUUAGGAUAUUCACCUACUACGACAAGGUCGACUGGGGCGCAUGGGAAGAGACUUUCACUCUCUUCUCCAGAGAUUCAGUUUGGGAAAAUGAGUGCCAGUUGCCAGAGCGAUGCGGCAAAUUUGGGGUGUGUGAUGAGUACCAAUGCGUUGGUUGCCCAUCGGAGAAAGGCCUGCUGGGGUGGAGCCAGCAGUGUGAAGCAAAGAAGUUGAGCUCUUGUGGGGUGAAUGAUUUUCAUUACUAUAAGGUUGAAGGAGUCGACCAUUUCUUGAACAAGUAUAAUUCAGGAAUUGGACCGAUUAAGGUCGAUGAAUGUGGGAAGAAAUGCACAACAGAUUGUAAGUGUUUGGGGUAUUUUUACAACCAGGAUACCUCAAGAUGCUGGAUCGCCUAUGAAUUGAAGACUCUGACUAAAGUCUCAAACUCAACACAUUUUGGUUAUGUUAAGGUACCCAACAAGUAAAAAUCUUUGUCUUUUCUUGUUUGUUGUAAUCUGUUCAUGGGAAGUAUGAAUGGAAACUCAUUAUAAUAAGUUGUCUGUGGAAUUCAAGUUCCCACAGAAAGUUGUUUUAUGAAAAUAAAAGUGUUGGGUACGAGAGCUUUUACUUGAAAUGCUCCUCUUCAUUUUUGGUCUGGCUUCAAUAUCUAAGAAAAGGGUGAUCAGUGAAUCAGAAUCCUAUAUUUUUCCAUUAUGAUUAACAAAAUAUCAUGGAGACAGAGACAUUGUGAUGGCCUUCCACCACAUUUACUUGUUAUAUAUUAAAGCUUCUCCUUGUCCGAA